CUCAGGUAUUUUUAACAGUGAUACAGUACUCCCAUGUACUAAUCCGUCCGUCUCCCUUUUCUAAGCCAACUAUUCUCACAUUUCCCCAAACUCCGUCCCUGACCGCAGCCUCGCGUCGUCAUCACCACCACCCCCAGCCUCGCGCUAAACCACACCCCUGUCCAUCGAAAUUCCCCGAGUCCGAGCUAUCUCAACCUCACCUCACUUCACUCAUCAGCUCCUAGAAAGUCCCACGGGGCACCUCACCUCUCCCUCCCAUCCGAACUUUCCAUCCUGGCCAUUCAGAAUGAAAGCCCCCACCGUGCCCCUCCUCCGGUUUCUUGCCGGGACAACACCAUCAACUUGCCGCCAAUGCGCCCCGAAAACAUAUAUAAAGCGUCUGAGUACCAGCGCGCCGCUGCGCGCAAAGUGGACAAAACCGAAUGUUUCGAAGAAGGUGAAGCCUUUGCCUUAUAGUCCCCCUCGAAAACCACCACCAAAACAAAGCAACCCCACAGCAGCCAACUCCCCCCCCGCACCACCUAACCCCAUGCGCCACCGCACCCUCCCGCUCCUCCUCGGCUCCCUCACCGCUUUCACUUUAGCUGGGUACAGCAGUUACAUCUACGUCACCUACCGGCGCGCCACCUCCUCCCCUUCUUCCUCCUCCCACAGCGUCCCCCUCGAUGUCUCAGAGCGGUACAACGAUAUCGCCACCGAAUUCGACGGGGACGUGGAGUGGAUGGAGUGGUCGAUGGGGUUGUUGAAAUUAAGGAAAGAAAUGGCGUCCAAGGCGAGGGGGGCGGUUUGUGAGGUUUCUGUUGGGACGGGGAGGAAUAUGGGGUUUUAUGAGUUUGGACCUUUGAUGACCGGGGUGGAAAUGGGGAAGGGGGGGAAGAAGGAUGGGGAGGAGGAGGAGGGAACGGUGACGAGUUUCACAGCGGUGGAUAAAUCGCCCCAGAUGAUUGCUGUGGCGAGGGAGAAGUUCUCUAGAGAGCAUCCUGGGGUUAGGGGGGUGCAGUGGGUUGUGCAGGAUGCUUCUUUGCCUCUUCCUCCGCCGCCUUCCUCCUCCUCACCCACCUCAUCCGCGCCCGAGAAAUACGACACAAUCCUCCAAACCAUGGGUCUCUGUUCGACCCCCCACCCCGCCGCCCUGCUCCUCAACCUCUCUAACCACCUCGCCCCCGGCGGACGUAUUUUAUUGUUAGAGCAUGGGCGGGGGUAUUGGGGGUGGCUGAAUAAUAUACUCGAUGCCCUGGCGCCGGGACAUGCGGAGAGGUUUGGAUGUUGGUGGAAUAGGGAGGUGGGGGGGAUUUUGGAGGAGGUUGAGAAGGGGGGGUUGAGGGUGGUGGAGGUUAGGAGGAGGAAUUGGGGGACUACUUGGUGGCUUGAGUUGAGGAGGGCUGAGGAUGAGGAGAAGGAGUAG